UGUGCGACAUCGACGGCACCAUAGUACACACACUGGAGCAUUGACGGCACACACACAAGGGUAUGAGGUUCAAAAAGACCAGUGCAAAGACUGGGGCAGCAGCAACGGUGGAUGGAGAGCAAGCGCUGGACCCUAAGCUGCAGAAGAGGGCGGAACAGGCCCCCGCUUCCUACGAACUAACCAAUGACGACGCAGCAUCGCCAGCAGAUAACGAGCCUGCCGCCGCAGACGCAUCCUCCUCCACACGGCGUGCAGCAGCAGCGACGAGUGGCGAUAACAAGGACGCCGAGCGGGAAGGGGAGGUUGUGGGGGCAUACUCAGAGGCGGCAAGAGGUAGUGUCGGCACCGCUGGCGGUCGACCAAUCGCAGAGGGCAGGGUAGCAAGGGAAGAAACGCGAGAGGGAGGGGUGGAGGAGAACACGGAGCCCCCGCUGUCGCCCUCCGGAAGCGAUGAACAAGAAGAACGAGUUGCAUCUCGAGCGGCGGCGGAGGCGGCGGCGGUGGCUGGACACACGGCGAGGGGGGAGGAGGGUCGAAGUGAGUCUUCAGAACGCACGGCCAGAAGAAGAAAAGAAGCGGGCAAUAAUGCUUUGGAGGACCCUCGAGGUGCCGCAGGCAGAGUUUCGGAAGGGGCGACCUCUGCCGGUGGAGAUGGACGAGGUUCAGCCGCUUCGAUCGCGGGCGACGGCCAUGCCGCUGCCGUUGCCGCCGGUGGCGGUGAUGGAGGGGGCGGCGGCGAUGCUGAUGUCGGGACUAGCGGCCCCGUGGAUUCGCAGCAAUCGGUUGGAGCAGCGGCCCAGAUUGACGGUCAUACGAAAGGACAAACCAACACGCCUCCGCCGCCGCCGGCAAUACCGUCCAAGCCCGCAAGGACAUUGGCAGACGUGGCCGCGUUUGUGGAGGCAGAUAGCAUCGCGGCGGAGAAGGCCUACGCCGAUGCUCUCAUCGCCACCGCCACCGCAGCACAAAGUCAAGAAACUAGCUCGCAAUCCGGAGAGGAAUCCCGAACACAAGCGGCAGUGCAACAGCAGCAACAGCAGCAGCAGCAGCAGCAGCAGCAGCAGCACGCUACGGCAUCGGCGGCGACUGUUGUCGGUGGAGUGGGGGGCACCGUGGGUGCUACAAUCGUCGCCGCUGGAGGGACUAUCCCUGUUUCCGAUGACCAGCUGCUGUACGACGGGGACUGCGCCGCAGGAGACGAGAGGGUGAUGUCAUGGAGGCAGACCCCCCAUAUGGCGUUUAUUGAGUGCCAGGUGGCCGUGCUGGUGGUGCUCGUGUCGAUGAUCCUGGUCUGCUGGCGGCGGCACGGCAGGAUGAUCUCCGUUCUCUACGCGCCGCCCGCGGACGUGGCCACUCCGUGCCAAGGCGCGUUCACGCAAUGAGCUUUUUUUCCCACUUGCCGGUAUUUUUCCGCAGUAGCUUUUGGGAGGAUUUAAAUGUUUGGUUUUAGAGUAGGAGUUACGGGUUAGGGUUAACGUUACGCGCGAGCAUAUCAAACUUGGUUUCGUUAGGUGUUGCGGGUUGGGGUUGGGGUAUUUGGAUACGAAGCCCCCUCUCUCUGUUUCAUAGAUUUCGUCAGUAUCCUCGCCGAGAAGAAGGUGAUCCUAGUCCCCGCUGGCAAUGUGACGACUCGCCUCCUCCCCAAGGACAUGCAUCACCACGCCAAUAGACUGCUGCUGCUGCUGCUGUGAUGGGACACGACGUUCACCCUGUAUUUUCGGCAUUCGGGGGCACUUUCUCGUUUGUUUGUUUUUUUGAGUGAAAGGUCCAGUUUGUUCUUGUUGGGAACGCACCUACGCCGGAAAUUUUGGGAGAUUGGGAGAUUGGGAGGUUUCUCCCGUUAGGAAACCCGACCUGUCUUGAAUAAGCCACACACCCGCGGACGGCACUACUACCGUAUAUGACACGAG